AUGUCGUCCUUGGGUAUAUACUACUUGGUCAACUCGAAAUCAUUUGACAGAAUUGUUUGCGCCAAGACUCUGUUCAGCAGCACCACGAACGUGGUACUCACGAGACCUGCCUCCACGAAGGGCAAUGGUAGUGAAAGUCCAGCGUCACAUAUUAUGGAUCGGAAAACAUAUAAAUACGAGGCCACCAGACGCCUUUUUCCUUCUUCCCCAGCUUCCAAGCAUACCUUUACUUACCCAAGCUUCCAACACCGUUAUUCCCACUUCAAGCACUACUCCUCCAAGGAAACUGAACAACAGCUCCAAACUGACAGAUUCAAGAUGAUUGUACCAAGUGUGAUCACCUUAGCGAUCGGCCUGUUUUUUGGCCAAUUUCCAUCGUCCACAUCCGCAAAUGGCUUGUCGGCCAGACACGGAGCAGUAGACCCCCAGGCUCUGAAAGGUGCCGCGCUCGGUCGCCGAAAUUACGACGCGCAUCACUCAAACACCCACCAAGGGGAAAAAUUGCAAGCCGGCUACGGCUAUCUUUCCUACAAGCACUACGGUGACUCAGGAAAGGAGGACUACAACCAUGAUUCUGGCAAGGGCUCCUACGACUCUGGCAAGGGCUCCUACGACUCUGGCAAGGGCUCCUACGACUCAGGCUCUUACGGUUCUGGAAAGGGCUCCUCCGAUUCCAACAAAGGCUCCUACGAUUCUACCAAGGGCUCCUACGAUUCUACCAAGGGCUCCUACGAUUCUACCAAGGGCUCCUACGAUUCUACCAAGAGCUCCUACGAUUCUAGCAAGGGCUCCUAUGAUUCUAGCAAGGACUAUGGUAGCGACAAGCACGACUCCCAGGGCAAAGGUCACGACUCUGGCAAAGGAAGCUCCUACGGUUCAUCUUCCAGCCACGGCUAUGGCGUGGACUACAAGGUUUCCGGAAAGAAGUACGACUCUGGAGUCAAAUACGACUCCGGAAAGAAGUACGACUCGGGAUACGAGUCUGGGAAGAAGGACGACUCUGCCGCUGGGCAUUAUGACUCUGGAACGAAAUAUUACGGCGCGGGACACGAGUCUGACUCUGGAAAGAAGUACGACUCGGGAUACGAGUCUGGGAAGAAGGACGACUCUGCCGCUGGGCAUUAUGACUCUGGAACGAAAUAUUACGGCGCGGGACACGAGUCUGACUCUGGCAAGAAGAACGACUCGGGGUACGACUCUGGAGCCAAAUCCGAGGCUGGAGCCAAGCACGAGUCUAGCAGCGCUAAAUACCAGUCCGGGGCUCACUACGAGUCGGGAUCCAAAUACGAGUCGGGAUCCAAAUACGAGGCCGCAAAGAAGUAUGAGGCCGGAAGCAAGCACGAGGGCAAGGCCGACUAUUCUGACACCAUCAAGGAGGAGGGCACCCAUCAUGGAGGCCACAAGAAAGACGAAGGGAGUGACUACUAGAUUGCUCUGGCUUUCGCAGCGCUGAGGGAGCUCUACUUGGCUUGUCCGCCCGCUAUCGAAUAUCAUUCUUCAGAGCUUCUGGCUCUUGUUUUCCAUCUCUUUCUCUUUGAUCCAUCCUUUAUGAAACCUUGUUAAGAGAGUCACGACGUAUGAGGACAUUGUUUGAUUUCUCUCUCUCUAUAUAUAUAUUGAUUCCUAUAUCUUUAAUCAAAUAAAGAUAACACCCAAUUUCAUCUUUUCUACUAAGGAAAUAAAGAAGAAGUCAUGAAGGAAGUAAAGAAGAAGU